AACAUUAUUUACAUAAUAUUUCGAUGACUUCAACCAUCGAACGUCAUCAAGUGUUUUAGAGAUAAAGAUUCUCGGUUCGUAUCUGACCUGAGACCAGGUACACAUUCAGAAAUAAUAAACUAAAUGACAGGUGUAUCAACCUGACAGUACCGUAUGGUAGGUACAGGAAGUAAAGUAACGGGCUCACACAAAAAAGGAAGUCAGACGCUGUUGUUUUCGUUCCUACAAUCAACAUCAUCACUAUCACCAUGAGCAGUAGCAAUGGCACACAGAGUUAUCUUCUCUUGACUAUCUAAAUAUAAAGCAGGAAGUCAGCAGCGACGAAAAUAGAAAUAUCCGUAACUGCCAGUCGUUAGCUGAUGUAAUUUUUAAAAUAAAUUUCAAAAAACAAAUCCACAUUUUUCUUUGAAAAAUAUUCCAUUUCAUAUUGUUGUAAAUUUUCAAUGAAAUUUUUACGCUGAUAUAAAUCUCUAGCCGAUAUAUUUUACAAUUAUUGUUUAUAUUUCUCUAAAAGCACACAAUCCCAUUGUUGUAAGUGAAAAUGGCGCAGAAUUUGACCAAGGCAGCCGACUUCAUUGUGGAAAAUAAACAUUUGAAUGAAAUUGAGAAAAAUCGAUCUAAAAUAGAGAAUUAUUUCAAUAUUAAGUUAUAUGAUACGAUAUCGAAUAAUAAAGAAAACAAAAAUAAAAAUUUCAAGUGGAUCCGAGUGGAAGGUGAUGAAGAGGAGGACUGUCGAAAUGCCAAGGAAUAUAUACUUGCUAUCACAGACCCAGCUGAGACAAAAUACAUGACAGUUGCAAAGGAAAUACAAUCCAUCUCAAGCUGGAAAUAUUUCGAAACUAUAGAAAAACAGACACGAGCAUAUAUUGAGUUCUACCGUGACAACUUCCUCAAAAUUUGUGGCUCUUCCUUGUCUGUAGCACUUGCUCUCUCUAUUCUUGAAGACAAAUUAGGGCCAUACCAGCAGCUGACUCCACCUCAGUUCAAAAGUGGGGACAUUGAUGAAUCUAAAAGCUUCAGGUCUUCAGCACUGUCCAUAGACCAUUCUGCUAUUGUUAAUUCAAUAAUGAAGAACAACGUCCAAUUGCCAGACUUAAUUGCAAGCUCAGGAUUUCGGUCUGAUAAUGAUGCCAACUGCAAACUGUCUGAUGAACAUUUUCUAGAGAAUUUGGUGAUAAGUAAUGGAGCUUCUUCAACCCCUCCAAAAUGUGACACUGUCAAUGGGCAGCUGUUGGUGAAUAAACCGUUACCAUCAAGAAAGGAGGCACUCUCUGCAGAACGUUUGGAUUUUUUCAGAAAUCUUGCAAAGCAAAUUGGUCAUGAAGAUCCUGAUAUUCAGGAUGCUCUAAAGAUUGCUUCUGAAGACACAAAACCAUCUGAUUUCAUCAGGUUGUUGAAUAGCAUCAAAGAAGAUCGAGAGAUUGCUGAAACUGAAGACUGUGAUUGUGAAGAAUUUCAUGCGACAGAAUCGAAUUUGGGUGCCAAGUCAUCACUGCCAGAUAGUUAUGUGAAAAUGCUACUAAAUGACUAUGAAGAAGAAUCAGAACUGUCUUCUAUUGAAGAACUGAAAAGGAGAAAUCAGGCACGGCAAAGAUGUCUACGGGAACACACUUUAAAUGGUAAGAGUUGCCCCGUGACGCCUCCUCAACAGCAGCCGUUUCCACAGAUUGAACAUCUGAAAAUGAAGAAAACAAAGAAGAAAACUUCCAAACAACCAGAGAAUUUUGCAAAUCCUUCCCCAACAUACCCACUUUACCCUCAACCUCCUCCUCUUCUUGGCACUGACAGAGACAUCCUCCCUUCCGUUGCUAACGCUAAUCCACAGAUUCCUGGUCACCAGCUUUACCUCAAUAGAGAUGUUGAUAACCAAUAUACUCCAUGCUGUAAAGGAACUCCACCAAAAGCUUCCUCUACCUCAGGUUCUAUGGCAAAAUCCAAAAAUAUUCCUGUAGCACAAUCAGACAACAGACGGACAGCUUCCAACGUUCAGCAACCGAAACCUUUGAUAGGACGAAUUGAUACUGGUUCUCCAAACAGUGGAAUGUCUCCUGUUGUGAAUGACAAACUGCGAUAUAUUGUUGUCGAUGGAAGUAAUAUAGCAAUGACACAUGGAAAUGGUAAAUUCUCUUGUAGAGGAAUUCAAAUAGUUGUUAAUUAUUUUAUCAGUUUAGGACACAAUGUGAUGGCAUUUGUACCCCAACAUAAAUUUUAUACCCCAAACUCCUCCAACAACAUCCUGGAUCAAGAUAUUCUCUACAGACUCAAAGAACAAGGCCGUCUUGCUGUGACUCCUUCGAGAAAAAUCCAGAAAAAACUCAUCAAUUGUUAUGAUGAUCGGUUUAUCUUAGAUCUGGCUGAAAGAGAAGAUGGUAUUGUCGUGUCCAAUGACCAAUACCGGGACCUGAUUGAAGAGAAACCUUCGUGGAGGGAAAUCAUUGAGAAGAGGUUACUUAUGUACACUUUUGUUCAAGACAACUUCAUGCUGCCAGCUGAUCCCCUUGGCCGUGAUGGUCCCACUCUUGAAGAAUUCCUCAGUAAAACUCCCAAAGAAACUAAUUCCACUCCAAAAAAGAGUAGCCGUCCACCUGCUCGCCAGUCGUACAACUACUCAACUGUAGCAUCGAUGAGGACAUGUCCACAAGGAGUUCAGAGAAAUAAACCUGCUGGAAUACGACCCCAAGCCACAAAUUCCCAUUCGGAUGCUCUUCCAUUGCGAACUAAAGACGAAAGUGAUAUUCUGUAUCGUGAACUGAAGGCAGUGUUUCCUGAAGACUCGCAAGACAGUACCUUAUGGAAAAUUCUGGAUGAUAACCCGACUGAGCGGAAUCUUAUGCAGUUGUCAGACAAAUUUCUAGGGGAGUAUUUUUAAGGAGUAGUCUUUGCUGGAUGAGGUUUGUUCAGCCAGUUCAUGAAACGACUUGCCAUCGCAGCUCUGUAGCCUUUGGCCCUUCACCGUACCUCAGGAUCUUUUUACAGACUAAUUGGUACUUGACACGAGUUUACCCACAUCACAUUACAAAACUAGAAACUGUUGUUAUUGCAACAACAAUAAAAAAAAAAAACAAUAGUAAAAGAACAAUAAUAAUAAAGUUGGAGAUUAUGUUCUGAAAGUUAAUAAAAAAAGACAGCAACUUGGUAUUGUACUCUUGUAACUAGUGUGGUACUCCAGACAUCCUGGUAACUGCUAUUGUACUUUCUUUGGAGCCUCUGGUGACUAUUGUACUCUAGAAGCUCUGAUAAGUGGUGUUGUACUCUAGAGGCCCUGGUAAUUGGGGCUGUACUCUUGAGUUUUGUAACUAUUGUACUUUAAAGUCCCAGGUAACUGACUUACUCUGGAAUGCUUAGUAAUUCUAGAGGCCCUUGUGACUGGGGCUGUACUCUCUCUCUCUGGAGUUCCUUGUAACUGAUGUUGUGGUGUACAAAUAUAAGAAUAGUUUUUGGCAGUAAUUCUCAGCUCUGGCUGUGUUUUGUGGUAUGUUGCAACCUGUUGUUGUGCUGUGGGGCAGUACUGAGGCCAAAUCGGAUGUUCUGGCUGGCACUGAGGUGGCUGUGUUUGGUAGUGCUGUCAUUGAACUGAGGCACAAUACAAUUGCUCAAGUGACUGUGAUACAUUGCCAUUGCCAUAUCAGCUGUGGCGCAAUGUGCCAUCACUCUGUAAGAUGUAUGGUUGUUUUUUCUAAAGCUGGUACUGUUGCCACUGAUACCAUGGUUUACAUUUCCACAUGUGGAGCUGUUUCAAUAUCAGGUCUAUAUUUAAAAAUAUCAUCAUCAUCAUCAUCAUCAUCAUCAUCAUCAUCACCACCACACACAUCAGUAAUCUGCAUCAUCAUCACACACGUCACUGUCAUCACCACCACCAUUGUCGUCAUCAUCAUCAUCGUCAUGAAUAAUUCUUUUGGUGACCUAUCUUGUUUGGUUAUUGUUUAGUGAUGCUGACUGUUGCCAUCAGUGUUUGACGUGACCAUGCUAGGCCCAGGGCUAUAGAUGUCUGUCAGACUAGAAACACUGAAACAGGACGCAAAAUGUUUUUUUCCCACGAGAGUUCCGGACCCCAGUUAUGAACUCAUUUGCAUACAGCCAAUCAGAGCUCAGCUAUCAAACUAAUUCAUAAGUGCAUAACAAGUGAUGGGCGAUUUAAAUAGGGUCACUUGGUUAAGGAAUGACCAUGUUUCUUUUCUCUUUUAAGAAUGCUUAUUGUUCUUGUUCUUGUUCCAACCAUGGCUGCCUCUGCGUAGUUAUUUGUUCUUGUUGUUAACUUUCUAAAACAAGUAAGGGGUGAGGGCUGCUCGUAUAUCACCCUCUACCCACAUUUUCCCCAUCCACAUCUUUACCAUAUGGGGCCCUAACAAAAUCGGAUAACAGUUAUAGAUGCAAAUCUAAUUACUUGUCUUCUUCUAAAAUCAGGCAUACCUUGACGAUCGGUCGACUUUCAACAUCGUUCUUCGUCUUGAAUUUACUUGGGAGAGUGUGUUUGUUAACUUGACACCAAGGUCAAGGUGAGCUCUGAUUGGCUGUAUGCAAAUGAGUUCAUUGUUGGGGUCUGGCACUCUUGUGGGGGAAAAAAAAUUCGCAACCAGGACGCUCACAGUUCCUUCUAUGACAGUUUGCUCGCAAAAUUUUAACCUUUGAAAAUCAUUUGAGGGAUUCUUGUGAAAAUCCUCACCAAAUUCAUUAUUUCAGCCAUACCAGUAAUAUAAUGGCAGCCAAUUGCUCAUGGUUUUUUUUUUCUUUAACUAUUGUCUAUUUUUUUGUAAAAAUGUUCUUGUUUUAUUUUCAAUAAUCGCAAUUCAUUAUUGAAGUCUGAUUGGUUUGUUUUAGAAACCUUAAAUGUGAGUGUGUAUUGACAUACACACACACAUCCAUGUGUCUAUAUAUAUAUAUAUAAAAAUGUACACACUCGCUCACACACACAGACACACACAUACAUGCACACACAUUUACUUUCUAAUGUUUAUAACACAGAUAUUCAUAUGCUGCAUCCGCUACUAGUUUCAUGUAAGAAGCUGGCCCUAAAUGUCUCCGUAGAAAAAUCUUGUCUUGGUUGGGCCUCCAUAAUAACAAAUGGAUUGUCCAAGAUAGCAAUUCUGUGAGAUGAGGAAAUCUGAGAAAACACUUGACCAACUACCCCAAGCUUGUUAAAUUUUAGAGAAGAAAUGUGUGGCCCAAGGACUGUAACUCUAAUUACUUCACUAGGAUCACAUUUUUGUUUUUUUUUGCUUCUAUGUAUUUAUUCUUAUGGCAUAAAAAACAAAACAAAAUAUUCAUCUGUGUGGCACCUUGGGAAAGUGUCUGGUUAUAGCCCCAGGCUGAUCAAAGCUGGUUUAGUAGAUGGAAAUUGAAAGAAGCUUGCCGUGUAUGUGUAUAUAUAGAUAUGUGUGUGUGUGUGUGUGCUAUCACUGCUUGAGAGAUGCUAUUGCUUUAUCUAUGUCCCUGUAACUUAGCAGUCUGGCAAAUGUGACUGAUAGAGUAAGUCCCAGGCUUAAAAAAACAAAGGUACUGGGGUUAGGACUCCAGUAUGGUCAUGGUGCAAUGACUGAAAGAAAAGUAAAAAAGGGUAAAAACGAAAAGGAAGAUAAGCCAUGGAGCAGCCUUAGUUGCUGACCCUAAUGUCCACUCGGCCAAAGAAAAGGCUGUGAGAGGGUUGGGGUGAAGGUGUUCCAGCUGAAGGCCUUAAUCCCUUGCACCCAGAUUUCGUACUGACAAGGCUCUGCUGUGUACCUGGUGAUAGGCUGUGCACUAACUGCAUAGUUUUUCAUACGAGGAAUUUUACUGUGUAUUUACAGUUUUUUCCCCAGUGUAGUCUAUUUGAAAACACAGAGUGAGGCAUUACAGUGUUUCGAUGCGGUCAGUAUUGCUUCCCAUCUGCAAGGCCUUAAACAGAUAUUUAUGGGAGAUGAAGGUCAUUAAAAGGAGAAUUUAAAAUGGGGAAAUGAAAGGGGAAGGAAACAUCGAAUUCACAGAAAAGAAGGAAGAAGAAACGAGAAAAGAAAGAGGAGGCGUUGAGAAGAAAAACAGAAACCAAGGACAAGAAAAACCUUCUAAA